UUACAUCAAAAAGGGCUCCAGAUAGUCUCUCUUUUUAAGUCCCGGCAACUCCUGCUCACCAACCCAAAAACCAUUUUCAACCCAUCUGAUCGAUGGAGCUAGCUUUGAGCCUCGGCGAUGCACCUAAGCCCUUCACUUUUCUUGACAAAACCCCGAAGGCUGUUUCCAACAAGGAUCUAGGGUUCUGCAUGGGCUUGGGAAGUGGCUCCGGUGGAAGCUCGGACGACAAAACUGUUUCCCGUGAGGGUGAUGGUCGGAGAGAAGUUAUUAGAGAUGAGGGUGGUGAGAGAAGGGUUUCUUCAGAUCCACCGGUUCAGCUUGAGCUUCUUCCUUUCUCGCCUGUUCCUCGCAGCCACCCACCUACGCAGCUUCGCUUUCCUUGGCUUACUGAUAACUUGGUCUCUGAACCGGGUUCGUCAGAUGAACCGGGAAGAUCGGGGUUAAACGUGAACCGGUUCGCGGCUGCGGCGACGGCUACGGAGGAGGCGGACGAUGGGGCGGCGCUUUCCUCUCCGAACAGUACGGUUUCGUCGUUUCAGAUGGAUUUCUGUGUGAGGAAUAGUGGACGAACCAAGCGAGAUUUGGAGAUUGAUGCUGAAAGAGCGUGCUCAAGAGCAAGCGAUGAUGACGAAAAUGGGUCUACACGGAAGAAACUCAGGCUUUCCAAAGAUCAAUCUGCUUUUCUUGAAGAGAGCUUCAAAGAGCACAGUACUCUCAAUCCGAAGCAAAAGCUGGCCCUGGCAAAACAGUUAAAUCUCCGUCCUCGGCAGGUGGAAGUGUGGUUUCAGAACCGAAGAGCAAGGACAAAGCUAAAGCAGACAGAGGUAGAUUGUGAGUAUUUAAAGAGAUGCUGCGAGACACUGACACAGGAGAAUAGGAGGUUACAAAAGGAACUGCAGGAAUUAAGAGCUUUGAAAACGUCUCAACCUUUCUACAUGCAGCUUCCUGCCACCACUCUCACCAUGUGCCCUUCUUGUGAGCGCGUGGCCACCACCACCACCACCACCACAAACUCCUCGAAUGCCGCCACCAACGCCACGGCAACGACAGCCCAAAACGCAGCAGCUUUAUCACUUUCCAAGGCAAGAUUAUACCCUUUUCCUCAAGUCCAACCUCACAUGCACCCCCAGGCCCAAACUCACCAAGCUGCUUCAUGAGAUGUCGCUACUCUUAUGUGUACUCCCAUCACCUUUUCCAGUUGUAUAUACUUUUGGCUUUCAGUAUUUAUUUUUUUCUUUUGGACCAUCUUGUCUCUAGUGGUUUCUUGUCAAUGUUUUGGACGGAAAUAGGUUACAAGGGUGAUAUAUUUGUUGAUUGAUGAGAAAAUACAACAGAUUUUGUUAGAACCAAAAAAAAAAAAAAAAUUAUCUCUAUAUAUUUGCAGCUUUAGUUUUUUCA